ACAGCUCCCGGCAUGCUCCGGAAUUAACCCUCUAGGGCCGGGAGCUGCGCUGCGUUCCGCCCCCGCCCCUUACCGGACCCCGCAGGAGAUGGGUGCCCCCAUCGGCACACUGUCCUUUGGCCGCCGGACAUCAUGCCUCCCAAGAAAGACGUUCCUGUGAAGAAACCAGCAGGGCCCUCCAUCUCCAAGCCUGCUCCCAAGCCAGCAGCAGGAACCCCUCCAGCCAAGACCAAGGCCGAGCCAGGUGUCCCUCAGGCCGCUGUGAAAACCCAGGAACCCCCUGUGGAUCUCUCCAAAGUGGUGAUCGAGUUUAACAAGGACCAGCUGGAGGAGUUCAAGGAGGCCUUUGAGCUGUUUGACCGAGUAGGUGAUGGCAAGAUCCUGUACAGCCAGUGUGGGGACGUGAUGAGGGCUCUGGGCCAGAACCCCACCAACGCUGAGGUGCUGAAGGUCCUGGGAAACCCCAAAAGUGAUGAGCUGAAGUCUCGACGUGUAGACUUUGAGACGUUCCUGCCCAUGCUCCAGGCAGUGGCCAAGAACCGGGAUCAAGGCACUUAUGAAGACUACUUGGAGGGGCUUCGGGUGUUUGACAAAGAGGGAAACGGCAAAGUCAUGGGCGCAGAGCUCAGACAUGUCCUUACCACUCUCGGAGAGAAGAUGACUGAGGAAGAGGUGGAGACUGUUCUGGCAGGACAUGAGGAUAGCAACGGCUGCAUCAAUUAUGAGGCCUUCCUGAAGCACAUCCUAAGCGUCUGAGCACCACACGGGCUUGCCAGACCCUCACCUCACCUUGAGAGAUCCUGUAGGUCCUGUCACUGGCUCCCCUCCCCCGGCAGGCAGGAGCACGUUCCUGCCACUAGGAGGCCACAUAUUGUUUCAAAAUAAAGACAUGGUACCUUC